AUGACUGAUGUCGAAAAGCGAAUCGAAGAGAUGGGAAUUGCAUUGCCCGAUAGCCCGCAACCGAUAGCAAAUUAUGUUCCGGCGGUGCAGACGGGCAACCUGCUCUUCGUGGCCGGGCUGGGUCCUGCCGCGCGAGAGGACGGAACCACGCCCAACGGAAAAGUGGGCAAGGACCUUACGCUCGACGAGGGUUACGAAGCUGCCCGGCUGGUGGGCAUUAACCUGCUGGCGCGGCUGAAGAGCACGCUAGGCGACCUGGACAGGGUCGAACGCAUCGUGAAGCUGCUGUCCAUGGUGAAUUGCACACCGGAGUUCAAUCAGCAGCCGCAGGUAGCCAACGGAUGUUCAGACCUUCUGGUGGAAGUAUUCGGAGAGAAGGGACGGCACGCGCGUUCCGCGUGGGAAUGUCGUCUCUACCCAAUGACAUUCCUGUCGAGAUCGAGAUGGUGGUGGAAGUACGGGACUAGAAUGUGGCUGGCGAGAGUUUUCUACAUCAGUUCUACAUUGGAAUGCAGGAUUUAG